AGUAGUGUUUCAGGAGUGAUGUGUGUGUCAGUAGUGUUGUGUUAGUUUUGAUGUGUGUGGUAGUAGUGUUGUGUUAGUAGUGCGUCAGUAGUGAUAUGUUAGUGUGUGUCUGUUCCAGGGAUGUCUGACAGUGUGCGUCUGGACGUUCCAGACUUCAGUAACUCGGUGCUGUCUCACCUGAACCGGCUGCGGCUCCAGGGCCGACUCUGUGACAUCGUGGUGAGCGUGGAGGGCGAGGGCUUCAGGGCCCAUAAGGUGGUUCUGGCCGCCAGCUCUCCCUACUUCAGGGACCACAUGGCCCUGGGCCAGAUGAGCACCGUGUCGCUGGCCGUCAUCAGGAAGCCCCGGGUGUUCGAGCAGCUGCUGGCCUUCUGCUACACGGGCCGCCUCAGCCUGCAGCUCGCCGACAUCGUCAGCUACCUCACGGCCGCCAGCUUCCUGCAGAUGCAGAGCGUCAUCGACCGCUGCACCGCGCUGCUGGAGGGCAUCCACCUCAAGAUCAAUCUGGGGGGGGGGGCCCCGGGGGAGCUCAGGGGCCUGGGGCCAGGGGCUGAGGGCCAGGAACCCCAGCUGAGGAUGGACCAGGAGGGCCAGUGGUUCGUAGAGAGUAGUGAGCAGCAGCAGGAGGAGGAGGAGGAGGGGGGGGGGGGGCUGCAGAUCAAGACGGAGAGGGUGGAGGAGUGGAUGGAGGAGGAGGAGGAAGAGGAGGAGGAACUCCCAGGAGGAGGGGCCGCAGAGGAGGAGGCCACAAUGCUGAUUGACAGGUCGGACCGGAGCUCUCUGGUGCAGGAAGACGGACCCUCCAGCAGUCAGACAGACAGGGUCAGUCCUACAGACAGCGUCCUGAUCCUUGCGGGGCACCGGAGAGCAAAGAGUGAAUCUCCAGGGACAGACGAAGCCCAGCAACCCAGCUCCCAGGGGGAGGAGCCUGCGGCCGUGGACUUGGGGGGGUACGAGGAGUACCUGAGAGAGCAGGUGGGCGACCGCUGGUUCCGCUACAACCCGCGGCUCACCUGCAUCUACUGCUGCAAGUCCUUCAACCAGAAGGGCAGCCUGGACCGCCACAUGCGGCUGCACAUGGGCAUCACGCCCUUCGUCUGCCGCAUCUGUGGGAAGAAGUACACCCGCAAAGACCAGCUGGAGUACCACAUCCGGAAGCACACCGGGAACAAGCCCUUCCACUGCCACCUCUGUGGGAAGAGCUUUCCCUUCCAGGCCAUUCUGAACCAACACUUCCGGAAGAACCAUCCGGGCUGUACGCCCCAGGAAGGAGCUCACAGCGCCUCCCCCGAGACCACAGCCCCCUCCUCCAGAGCGGGCCAGGACCACCACUCCUCCCCCAGAGAGGAGCACCCUGAUGGGGGAGGGUCUGAAGGGCCCCAGGCCUCAGUAUCCACGACAGGGCCAGACUGACCUCCGCCAGGAGGACCACCUCCACCAGGAGGACCUCCACCAGGUGAUACCUCCACCAGGAGGACCUCCACCAGAUGAUACCUCCACCAGGAGGACCUCCACCAGAUGAUACCUCCACCAGGGGGACCUCCACCAGACUGACCUCCACCAGGAGGACCUCCACUAGACUGACCUCCACCAGGAGGACCUCCACCAGACUGACCUCCACCAGGAGGACCUCCACCAGAUGAUACCUCCACCAGGAGGACCUCCACCAGGGGGACCUCCACCAGGAGGACCUCCACCAGACUGACCUCCACCAGGAGGACCACCACCAGACUGACCUCCACCAGGAGGACCUCCACUAGGAGGACCUCCACCAGAUGAUACCUCCACCAGGAGGACCUCCACCAGAUGAUACCUCCACCAGGAGGACCUCCACCAGACUGACCUCCACCAGGAGGACCUCCACCAGACUGACCUCCACCAGGAGGACCUCCACAAGACUGACCUCCACUAGGAGGACCUCCACCAGAUGAUACCUCCACCAGGAGGACCUCCACCAGAUGAUACCUCCACCAGGAGGACCUCCACCAGAUGAUACCUCCACCAGGAGGACCUCCACCAGAUGAUACCUCCACCAGGAGGACCUCCACUAGGAGGACCUCCACCAGAUGAUACCUCCACCAGGAGGACCUCCACCAGAUGAUACCUCCACCAGAUGAUACCUCCACCAGGAGGACCUCCACCAGAUGAUACCUCCACCAGAUGAUACCUCCACCAGGAGGACCUCCACCCGACUGACCUCCACCAGGAGGGCCUCCACCUUACUUUAUGAACCUUACUCCCUGAAGGCUGAGUCUCUUUUAAACCCUCAUUAAGACACUCGACAGUGAGUUGAACACAGGGUUAGGGUUAAACCAGGGUUAGGGUUAGGGUUAAACCAGGGUUAGGGAGUUAGGGUUAGGGUUAAACCAGGGUUAGCGAGGUAGGGUUAGGGUUAGUGAGCGCAGGAAUACGAUUAGUGAGCGCAGGAAUACGUUUUCUUUAAACCACAUCUACCUUCACAAUCAGCACUUUUCCAUGGACAACCUUAAUACUGUGAUUAUUAUGGUCUGUCGGAACAGUGGAGUUAUAAACAAAAAUGUGUG